CGCUUGCUUCGUCAGUCAGUUAACAGCUUUCAAUACAACACUAACAACAUGGGUAAAUUAACGUUUUACGGCUUCGAUCCCAGUCCGCCAUGUCGUGCGGUCAAACUUACAUUGGCUGCCCUUCAACUGCCCUACGAUUAUGUCGUGUUGGUUCCCAACUCAAAGGACCAAAAGUUGGAGGAGGUUCUUAAGAAGAAGAAUCCACAACACACUGUUCCAAUGUUGGAGGAUGACGAUGCGAUUAUCUGGGAUUCACAUGCCAUCAUCACUUAUUUAGUGAGCAAGUACGGCAAGGACGAUUCGCUGUAUCCGAAGGAUCUGCUGAAGCGUGCGGUGGUUGAUCAGCGUCUGCACUUCGAAAACGGAGUCGUGUUUAUCAGCACUCUGCGGGCCAUCACCCGGCUGGUACUUUUCAUGGGUCAGAAGGAGGUGCCCAAGGAGCGCAUCGAUGCUUUCAUCGAGGUCUAUGACUUUAUGGAAGCCUUCCUGAAGGACAAUGAUUAUGUGGCUGGCAAUCAACUAACUGUUGCUGACUUUAGUUUAAUUUCCACCAUCAGCUCAUCGCAAGCUUAUGUUGAGAUUGAGUCCAGCAAGUGGCCAAGGUUGAGUGCGUGGGUUAAGCGCAUGGAAGAGCUGCCAUAUUAUUCGGAAAAUUCUAAUGGGGCUAAACUCUUUAUCGCAAAAGUUAAAACGGCAACUUUUACGGUAGCAGCUUGAAAAAAUAUUAUUGUAAUUUAUUAAUAACAUUUGUGUAAUUUGUAAUGACUUAAAAACGUAUUCUUAUAAUUUAUUAAUAGCAUAAAAAAAAAAAUACAUAAAAUUAUCAUUUUAAUCAAGACUGUUUUGAACAAGUUUUUGAUGAAAUUUUCUCAAA